AAGUAUUUACUUUUAUAAAUAAAAUUUCCCUUUGUUUUAAUUUGUGUUAUUGUGUUUUUUUCCUUGUACAAUUAUUCAUGUUUCAUGGUAAUCUCAUUAUUUGAAUUUGAAUUUAUUUGCUUUAAGUGUAGAUUGGAAGAAAUGUCUCGUGUGAGGAGAUACUGAGAAAUAUAUGGAUUAUGGUUAAUGACACACAAAAAAUAUUGGAUGAUCUGGAGGGUAUGAUCCAAUCUAAAUCAGAAAAGAACAUGGACAAUUUUGUUGAUGACAAAAUGGUUUUACACCCAAGUGUACGUGAACCAAUGUUAUACUUACUUGAUUUGAGUACGGACAAGGACAAGUAUUUUUACUAUCGAGAUGUAGAAUGUGUCAAUUGUACUGCAAAACAUGCAAGUUCUGUCCUUAAAGGUGGAGAGAUGGACCCCGAGGUGUAUAUCCCCUUAUUUGAACAAGACCAUUGGUUUCUUGUUGUAAUUGAUUUGGCUGCUCAAGUAAAAUAUAUUGUUGGAUCUGUCGCAGUGAACGCUCAAUGUGAGAAAAGGGUACUUAAAUUGCUUAACAGAUGCUCGAAAAAAUACAUGAAUGACAAAGACAAGCAGAUGCUUCGGUUGUUUGGCGACACAACUACUUACACCCUACAUAUUAUAAAUGUUUCUCCAAAAUUAAGAGUUGAUUUCGGAGUGUACCUUCUAAGAUACUUAGACGCUGAAGACAUUAAAGAUUGUGCUCACAUAACUUUGACGCCCAACGAAAUUCAAAAUCAUAGGCUCAACUUUUGUGAGACGCUUUUUCUGAGCUCGUUGAAUGAGUCAAAAAUGAAAACAAGUUAUUCGGAGAAGGACGAGGAACAAUGAGUUGGUAUGGAUUUUGUAAACCUUUUCAUAAGCCUUGGCCAUUACUACUCUGCAAGCCAAACUGUUGGAUGGCUGUUAUGAUUAUUUUUUGUGGUGAUUGAAAGGAGGGGUAUGGGUUUGAUCUAAUUUCAAUCAUUUGCUUUGGUUAUUUACUUUGAUAAGACAAUUAAUUUAUGUUUUUGGA